UUUAUCGAAGAAAAAACAGGAGAUGUAAAGCCAGCAAGCUUUUAGAAAAAAGUAUGUAAUAUAUUAACAAACAUGUAAUGCAAAAUAAGAAAAUGAUGAUUUAGAUCAUGCAUCUUCCACAUAUGACUCUGUUUCAAAUUUAAAAAGCUAAAGUCACUGAAGAAAACUUGGUUUAAGUUUGCUUGAUGAAAAGAUGAAAAAUUUCUCCCAAAAUUCCAACUAGAAUUUCAAAAUUGCUAAGACAGUCACCAGGAAAUGCUCUCAAAAGAUAUGAUCUUCGGAAUUUUCUUCCUGUGUCAAACUGGCAUUGGGAUUCUGGGGAACUCCCUGGUGCUCUCGGUGAGCUCCUACAUCUCCUUCACCCAACCUUCUCAGAGGAAGAUCACAGAUAAGAUUCUCACACAAUUGACUUUUGCUAACCUGGUUGCUGUAAUUACUCGAGGAAUCCCUGAAACUAUGUUCUCAUUUGGAAUUAAACAUUUUCUGAGUGAUGUUGCGUGUAAGGUUGUGAUGUACAUUUACACUGUCAACCGGGGUGUCUCCAUUUGUUCAACCUGUCUCUUGAGCAUAAUCCAAGCCAUCAUCAUCAGUCCCAACAACUGCAGAUGGUCACGACUCAAAUUCAAAGCCAACAAUUUCAUUUAUCCUUCCUUUUUCUUCUUCUGGGCCCUCAACAUGAUAAUCAAUUUUCAUGUCAUUACUGAGAGUUCAGCAACAAAAAAUUACACUUUGGGUACAAAUGGAUUUUCUAUGAACUAUUGUAUCACACCAGGCAUAAGUUUUAUUUUUAUAAUUUGCAUACUUCUUCGGGAUAUUGUCUUUUUGUUCUUCAUGAUGUUGGCCAGUGUGUACAUUGUUAAUCUCUUGUGCAAGCACCAGAAGAAAUUACAGGAAAUGAAAAAGAGCAACCAUAUGCAGAAACUGUCUCCAGAAACAAGAGCCACGCAAACUGUCCUUUGCCUGGUGACAUGUUUUGUUUUCUUUUAUUCAUUCAAUUCUUUCCUUAUUGUCCACUUAGCUUUUUCAAAUCAGAACAAUAUUACUCUCCAGAGCAUCAGUGUCCUUUUCUCAUUCUGUUACCCAAUUCUGUGCCCUUUCUUGUUGAUCAACACGGAUAGUAGGAUUUCCAAAGCACUGCAUGUUCUCAGAAAGCAAAGCAGUACUCGGCUCCAAAGCAGUUAA